AUGGCGUCCGCCGCCGCCGCCGAACCCAUGGGGGGCUCCAGUCCAGGAGCUGCCACCACCAUGAAGAGGAGCAUCCCAGGAGAGUCUGGAGGAACGAUGGCGAGCGCGUCGGGUCAGUUUGGCACACAGACAAUGAAGAAGAUUGGCCAUCGGGGAGUGGACUCUACAGGGGAGACCACGUAUAAGAAAGACGACGUCUUCUGCCCUGAAAGGAGCCAUCCAGCUCGGCAUCACUCACACGGUGGGCAGCCUCAGCACCAAACCCGAGAGAGACGUCCUCAUGCAAGACUUCUACGUGGUAGAGAGCAUCUUCUUCCCUGCCGAGGGCAGUAAUCUCACCCCCGCCCAUCACUACAACGACUUCCGGUUUAAGACGUACGCUCCGGGUGGCGUUCCGCUACUUUCGGGAGCUCUUCGGCAUUCGGCCAGACGAUUAUUUGUAUUCUCUGUGUAACGACCCCCUCAUCGAACUGUCCAAUUCGGGGGCCAGCGGUUCCCUCUUCUAUGUGUCCGGGGAUGACGAGUUUAUUAUCAAGACGGUUCAGCACAAGGAGGCCGAGUUCCUGCAGAAACUGCUGCCUGGAUAUUACAUGAACCUGAACCAGAACCCCCGGACCCUCCUACCCAAAUUCUACGGUCUGUACUGCGUCCAGGCGGGCGGGAAGAACAUCCGGAUCGUAGUCAUGAACAAUUUACUGCCCAGGUCAGUGAAGAUGCACCUCAAGUACGACCUGAAGGGCUCCACCUACAAGAGACGCGCCUCGCAGAAAGAGCGUGAGAAAAGCUUCCCCACCUUCAAGGACUUGGACUUCAUGCAGGACCUGCCGGAUGGGCUCUUCCUGGACCCGGAUAUGUACAGCGCCCUGUGCAAGACCAUCCAGAGGGACUGCCUGGUACUGCAGAGUUUCAAGAUCAUGGACUACAGUUUACUGGUCGGCGUCCACAACAUGGAUCACGCGCAGAGGGAGAUCACGGCAACGGAUGGGGCCGCCUUGCAGUCCGACACACGGAAACCCAUCACGCAGAAGGCCCUCUACUCCACCGCCAUGGAGUCCAUCCAGGGAGAGGCCCGACGAGGCGGCCCCAUCGAGACAGACGAUCAGAUGGGUGGUAUCCCAGCCCGCAAUACCAAGGGAGAGCGCCUCCUGCUGUACAUUGGAGUCAUUGACAUCCUGCAGUCCUACAGGUUCAUCAAGAAGCUGGAACACUCCUGGAAGGCUCUGGUCCAUGAUGGGGACACGGUUUUCGUUCACAGACCCGGGUUCUACGCGGAGCGGUUCCAGAAGUUCAUGUGUGGUACCGUGUUUAAGAAGAUUCCAUCAGUGAAAGCCUCGCCAUCCAAGAAGAGCCGGACGGUGCCCCGGGAGGCGUGGCCCGCCGAGCCACUCAGGCUACCAUCCCCACCCAACUGCAGCUGAUGGGUGAAAACAAGCAGUACCUGAUCCCAGAGGCGGAGCCAGACCAAGGCGCUCUGUAUGGACGGCCAGAUGUGUUGCCGAGGACGCCCCCUGUAGACGAAGCGGCCAGUGACUCUCUGGCGACCACCCUGUCCACAUCGUCACUGGGCAGCGGGGGGGGGCUCAACUCACCUGCACACAGGUCGGUGGGGGGUGGAAGUGCACAAAGCUGAAGCCACAGAGCAAGAAUUGUACCCGCGGGAGAGGCUGGAGUCGGGGAAGACGGGAGAAGAGGAGGAGGAAGAGGAGGAUGAUGGAGUGCUGGACCCCAAUCAGAUAGAGACAGAGAUCAGCUUU